AUGGCCCUUUCUCUCCUCUCUCCAAUUCCUCCCUCUGCCUCUCUUUCCUUCACUCUCUCCGCCUUUACCGCUUCUAAUAAUGCCUCCUCCUCUCUCUCUCCUCUCUACUCUUUAUAUCUAUCCAAAAGAACCCUUGGAAGCAGAACCGCGACCUCGAUUUUGGGCGGUUUCAGAAGCUCGGGGAACUUGAGGAUGGCGGAAAAGAGGCAAUUGGGUCUCAUGGUUUCUGCAGCUACUAGGAACGAUGGCGGCGGAGGAGGAUUGGAUGAUUUGGAUGAAGGCGAAAUCGAGAGAAUCGGAAAUCAAGACGAAGACGACGAGGAAUUGAUAGAACAAGGUCAUGUUAAUACCUCUUCUUCUUCCCCUGAGAGAUGGGAUGUUUUGGGUCUCGGCCAAGCCAUGGUAGAUUUCUCUGGAGUUGUGGAUGAUGAGUUUCUGCAAAAGCUAGACUUAGAAAAGGGAACGAGGAAACUGAUAAAUCACGAGGAGAGAGGGAAAGUGUUACAAGCAAUGGAUGGCUGCAGCUACAAGGCAGCAGCUGGAGGGUCAUUGUCGAAUACUCUGGUUGCUUUGGCAAGAUUAGGUUGCCAAUCUAUCGGUGACAGGCCUUUGAAUGUGGCUAUGGCAGGAAGUAUUGCAGGUGACCCUCUUGGUAGCUUUUACAGGACUAAACUACGUCGAGCAAAUGUAAAUUUCCUUUCUGCUCCGAUCAAGGAUGGAACAACAGGGACAGUGAUAGUUCUCACAACUCCUGAUGCUCAACGUACUAUGCUUGCGUAUCAGGGAACAUCUUCUGUCGUUAAUUAUGAUUCUUGUUUGGCUAGUUUGAUAUCAAAGACAAAUGUCUUUGUUGUGGAAGGCUAUUUGUUUGAGCUUCCUGAUACUAUUAGGACCAUUACAAAAGCCUGCGAAGAAGCCCACAGAAAUGGAGCACUUGUUGCUGUGACUGCAUCAGAUGUGUCUUGCAUAGAGAGGCAUUAUGAUGAUUUCUGGGACAUUGUGGGCAACUAUGCGGAUAUUAUAUUUGCAAACAGCGAUGAAGCAAGAGCGUUCUGUCACUUUUCCGCAGAGGAAAGCCCGAUUUCAGCGACGAGGUACUUGAGCCACUUUGUUCCGUUUGUUUCGGUGACGGAUGGAAUCAACGGGUCUUACAUUGGAGUAAAAGGAGAGGCCAUAUACAUUCCUCCUUCCCCAUGCGUUCCCGUCGACACGUGUGGUGCUGGAGAUGCAUACGCUUCAGGGAUCUUAUACGGUAUCUUGAGAGGUGUCUCUGACUUGAAAGGAAUGGGUGAUUUGGCUGCUACAAUUGCUGCCACUGUGGUUGGUCAACAAGGAACCAGGCUUAGAGUUCAGGACGCGGUUGAGCUGGCUCGGUCACAUGCCUUCCGUCUCAACAGUUCUGGUGUUCGAACCGAUGUUGGGUCUUGA